UUAAAUGACGCAUUAGUAAAAAUUUGAAUGAUAUACACACAUCUACAAUCAAAUGAAGUAUUUGAGUGGCAGAUGAUAGGCAGCACUUUCUGAUAUUAGUGUCAGCCGGUCCGGCAACGACAUUCCGCUUAGUUGUUUGUGGCGUUUUCUCAAGAUUUUGCUGCAAAAUGGAUGUGGAGAAGAUUUGUCGCACUUGCCUUAGCCUCUCGGGUCCAUUUUUGUCCAUUUAUGAUGGUGGCACUGGCAGCUGCUUGGUCGAUAUGCUGCGCGAAUUCACAAGGACUAAGCCACGGCGCGAGGAUAAUCUGCCAGCCAGGGUCUGUCUUAGUUGCAUCAGCGAAAUAAACCACUGCUACUCAUUUAAACUCAAAUGUGAGAGCUCAAACCGAACGCUGCGACAGCUGCUGCCCAAUGCACUCCCCGAGGAGCCGGACCAGCCAUCAACAGCAGCCAAGUCCGCAGUGGCUACGUCCGAAAGGUCAGUGCAAACUAAUGCGGUGUCAACAGCCACAGCUGAGGCACAAACCGAUGGGGUGGCCACAUCAGAUGCCGCGCAAAACACCAGCAUUGAGCAGCCAACACUGCUGGCCAACGAACCUUUGAUAGAUGAGGUGGAUGGACAGGAGGAGGAAGAGUAUGACUAUGAAUUUACAGAAGAGCAAGAAACAGAUGAGACGCCGUCCAAGGCGAGCGCCGAGAAUAUAAUACUGCAUGUGGAAAAAGACAACAUUAAGUUUGAAACGGAAAUGGUGUACAAUAAAAACACAGGCGAGCUGCUUGAACAGGCGGUGGAAACAGUUGCCAAGCAGAAGGAGUAUAAAUAUCGGCUUGUCAGCAAUGGUAAUGGCGACACAUACAUCUCACCAGAACCUGCGCCAACGCUCGCGCUGCCUACGCGCAAGUGUGCCACAAAACUGCCUAAGGAGGAGCAAUCGACGCAUCAGGAGUCACAGUCAACGUCCAAGCGCAGCGUGCAGCAUCAGCCGGAGGAACAGCUGGAUGUGCCGUCGCCUGCAAAGAAAUCAAAACCCAUUAACUCAAAUGGCACACCUGCAGGUGAAUUGGAUGAAUUGAAGGCCAAGUUCCACUGUGAUCGCUGCAAUGCAGGCUUUGCGCUGGAGAAAUCCCUGAUCAUACAUCGGCGGCAAAAUAGCUGCACCCAUCGCAAUUUCAAAUGCAACGAGUGCGAAAGGGUAUUUGUCUCGCUGGAUCAUUUGACCGAGCAUCAGGCAACGCAUGGUGCGUUCAUAUGUCAGGAGUGCGGCUUGCGCUGCGAGUCCAUGGAGCAGCUGGGCAGGCACAUGGUGCAGACGCACAAACGGAAUCUACGCAAUCAGUGCAAUGUUUGCCAGAAGGUUUUCACCAUGUUGUCCACGCUGCGGGAUCACAUGCGUAUCCACACCGGUGAGAAGCCAUUUGUGUGCAAAGUUUGCGGAAAAGGCUUCACACAGAAUGCGAAUCUACGCCAGCACAUGAUGCGCCACUCGGACAUAAAGCGUUUCAAGUGCGAGCUGUGCAAUCAUUCAUUUGUAACCAAAGCGGAGCUGACCUCCCAUGCGCGCACCCACACCGGUGUCAAGCCGUAUCAAUGUGAGGUCUGCUCCUCCAGAUUCACCACCAGCUGCUCCCUGGCCAAGCACAAGCGCAAGCACACAGGCGAGCGACCCUAUGCCUGUGACUUGUGUCCCAUGCGGUUCACAGCGCUCAACGUGUUGAAGAAUCACCGACGCACUCACACGGGCGAAAGGCCCUACGUUUGUCCCUUCUGUUCCAAGAGCUUUACGCAACGUGGCGACUGCCAGAUGCAUCAGCGGACGCAUCAGGGCGACAAGAUCUACAUAUGUCCUGUGUGCAGCGAGGAGUUCAAAACGAUGACUGAUAUGCGCACGCAUCUGACGAUGCACGAACAGGACGACAAGCGAUUGGUGCAUUUCACCCUGCUGAGCAACAAGGAGAACGGAAAUGCGGCGCUAGAGGAGGCGGACGAGGAGUCGGAUGCAACCGAUUUGCUUUAGGUGAUGGAGGCGCCGGCAGCGGC